ACAUGGACGACGCUACGGAUUUUGCCAUGCUCUCUCUUCAUUUGUUAGCAUUGAAAAUGUUGAUUCAUUCAAAACCUCGCCGAAAUCAUCGUUUCUGGAUGAGGAAAAUAUUCCGUGACAGGGAAAAGUAUGGGAUCAAUUCUUCCCUCGUUAGAGAGUUGAGGUUUCGGGAUCAAGAAUUUUACUUCGAUUUUAUGCGGAUGACGCCUGAUGUGUUCGAUUAUAUAUUGGAGAUGGUUUCUCCCUUGAUAGAGAAAAAAGACACGUUUUGGCGCAAAAGUAUAUCAUCGAAUGAAAGAUUGGCUUUAACUUUAAGGUUUCUAGCAACUGGAGAGACCUACCGAAGUCUGAGCUUCUCAUUUAGAAUUGGAAGGCAAACUGUACGGAAAAUUAUACCGGAAACGUGUAAAGCCAUUUGGAUAUGUUUCCGGAAAGAAUAUAUGGCAUUUCCAUCAACUCCAGCAGAUUGGAAAAAAAUUUCUGAUGAUUUUGAAAGAAGAUGGCAACUACCUCACUGCUGUGGUAGUAUUGAUGGAAAACAUGUGGUUCGAGAGUGUCCAAAGAAUACUGGUAGUCUUAAUUAUAACUAUAAGGGAACUUUUAGUACAGUCUUACUAGCCGUAUCUGAUGCACAUUAUCGUUUCCUGAUGAUUGAUUAUGGGCAUUUUGGUAGCGAAUCAGAUGGUGGAAUUUUAAGAAAAAGCGUAUUUGGUCAGCAUCUGAUCAAUGGAAAGUUAACCUUUCCAAAAGCAGAUGCUUUGCCAAAUUCAAAUACACUGUUCCCUUAUUUUAUAAUUGGGGAUGAAGCCUUUCCUUUAAGGCAUAAUUUGUUGCGUCCCUAUCCCAGACAUUCUGAGUUUAGUCAUUCAGAAAAAAUAUACAAUUACAGAUUAAGCAGAGGCCGGCGUGUUGUGGAGAAUGCUUUUGGUAUUCUAGCAGCACGAUUUCGUAUUUUAAGGAGACCAUUAAAUUAUGAUGAUGAAUCAGUCAAAUGCAUGGUGCUUGCUAGUUGCGUUCUCCACAAUAUGCUUAUUCAGAAAUCUGCAGCAUAUUGCCCAAAUGGAUAUGCUGAUUAUGAAGAUUCUGAUUAUAAUCAGAAUGAAGGUAUAUGGAGAUCCGAAAAUAUAACUCUUGAAAAUCUUAAAAAAGUGGGCAGCAAUAUGUACAAUAAAGAGGCAAAAAGUCUCAGGAACAUUUAUAAAGAUUAUUUAUGUAAUGAGGGAGCUGUACCUUGGCAAGAAAAAUUAAUUCAAUCCCAACCUAAAGUAUAGUAUACUUCAUAUAGGUUGUAUUAGCUCAGAAUAAAUAUUACUCCUCUGAUCUAAUACAUUUUUAUUAAGUAAAUAUAAUGUUUUAAAUCAUGUUCUUUUGUGAAAAAAUAAAACUAA